ACCCUUUGCUUGUCUCUCGUGAUCCAUGACUUUGGCUUUUCGUUCCGCGCAACUUCUUUCAAGAUCGACACCUGCAGCAACACGACUCUCAGCCAUCAAUUCGCAUAUCGCUCCAAGAGCACACAACAUCAGAGCCAUGUCGUCUCUCCCAAAGACUAUGAAAGCCGUCCUCAUCGAGAAGACUGGUGGCACGGAAGUUCUGCAGUAUAAAACUGACGUACCGGUUCCUGAGCCGAAGGAGGGCGAGGUGCUUGUGAAGAACGAGUUCAUUGGCAUCAACUACAUCGACACCUACUUCCGCUCGGGCGUUUACAAGCCUCCGCAAUUCCCCUACAUUCUUGGCCGAGAAGGCGCUGGAACAAUUGCUUCCGUUGGACCCAAUGUGCCCUCUGAUCUCAAGCCUGGAGCGAAGGUAGCCUACAUGGGACAAUUAGCGUAUGCUGAGUAUACCGCUGCACCAGCGAACUACACUAUACCGCUGCCUGAUUCCAUCUCCACAAAGACUGCUGCUGCUUCGCUUCUCCAGGCGCUAACCGCUGUAACCUUGAUCCGCGACGCGUACGAAGUCAAGAAAGGCGACUGGAUCCUUGUCACCGCUGCCGCUGGUGGCGUUGGCUUAUGGCUGUGUCAGCUGUUGAAGGCGGUCGGCGCAAGGGUCAUUGCUACGGCCAGCACAGAAGAGAAGAGGAAUCUGGCCAAGCAAAAUGGCGCAGAGGUGCUACUAGAAUACCAUGAGGAAGAUCGAGACGUCUUUGUCAAGAAGGUGCUAGAAGUUACUGGAGGCGAGGGCGUGCAUGCAGUCUUCGACUCGGUCGGGAAGUCCACUUUCGAUAGCUCACUGGCUGUGGUGAGGAGAAAGGGUACUAUGUGUUCGUUUGGGAACGCAUCGGGACCAGUCGAGGGUUUUGCGCUUGCACGCUUAUCGGCAAAGAAUGUCAAGCUUCUUCGGCCUACGUUGUUCAACUACAUUGCCACUCGCGAAGAGCUUCAGGCAGCCGCAAAUGAGCUGUGGAAGUUCAUCGAGAAAGACGGGCUGAAUGUAAAGAUUCAUGAUGUGUACCCCUUGAGCGAGAUUGUGAGAGCAACGAAGGACAUCGAGGGAAGGAAGACAACUGGAAAACUGGUGUUGACACCGUAAGUAGGGAAGAGUUGUAAAUGAAUCUCAUCAGACGUAUGAAGGAAGACACUAUCUCAGCGCCUACAGAGACCUAGGUCCCUCUUCUCCUUGUUUGAACCGGAAGCUAAAGUUUUCUGGUCAAACACAACUGACGCCAUCGCUGUGCAAUCUACUGAAACUGAUGCUGAACUCUGUAAGAUGCAGUCCAACAAAUCCCAUCAAGUCUUUUCCGAAGAUGAGAAAGCUUC